AUGCGAAAUAUUACCAUCAUUCAUAAAAGUGAUUUAUUAAUAGGGAUUUUUAGGUCAAUCCCGCAUAAAAACUAAAAAAAUGACUUGGUUUUAUUACAAGUAGGGGUGAACAAUUUUUCUUAGAUAAAACCCAUAAGAAAAAAUUAUAAAUACGUUCAAGGUUAGAUCUACCCAACAAAUUAAUAUAUAUAAAAUGAGCAUUGCUUUUUACCCUCAAAAAAAAAAUCGAUACAGGCCAAGAUAAAUAAAUACUAAAAUAAAAUUUUUGACGAUACGAAUUUUUCUCCAAUCUAAAAUGCUUAAUGUAACAACUUACGUAGUUUUCUAAAAAAUUUUGGAGGAGCUAAGUCCCUAGUUGUAAUAAUAAAAUUUGGGCCCAACCCAUGUUUGGUGCUGCCCAAUAUGAUUGACAAAGUGAUGUAUUCAGUUUUUCACAUGUUGUUAUACAUGAGAAACAAAUUUACUAAUUCUUUAAAUUACAUCUCAAACAUACAAUUAUUAUCAUUUCAACCCCUAACUCGCCCCUGGACAAGAUCUCGUGUAAAACAUCAUUUAUAAAAAUCCAAAUUACGAUUCUGUACUACUAGUUAGAAAAUUUGCAAUAUUAAAAUGUACUAGGAAUACAUUAGGUAAGGCGCAACGAGUUCAUAAUCACAAUGAAACCAAUUUAUGAUUUAGACGGAUUUGAUAUUUGUGACAAAUAUGAAAAUCAAGUACUAGUAAUUCAUAAAGACUAAUGUACACCGUCACAUGUUACGAGGUGUCCAGCGGUUCGUCGAGAUAGCAACGUACAAGUCACGUUACUCGUAUAGUCAGGUGCCAUGGCAAUGUCAUAUGCAAAAGCAUACGUGAUACGCGACAUAGCAUAUUAUCUUAUGCCAUGGCGGCUCUUUCAGUUUUCCAUAUUACGGAAAAUGUGAUAGCCGUAAUUGAUAUCAUGGUGACAUUUUUUAUAAUCCUAAAGAGCGCUGGUGCACUGAAAUACAAAAUAAUUACGACAUAGUGAACGGACCGAUGGAAAUAUUUCUGUGAAUGACCAUCACAAAACUGUUGUGGAUAACUAUGUAGAGUUUAUGAAUCACCACAAUAAACAAUCAAUUGUAGCUGUAGAAAAGUCAUUUGAGGAAAUGUUAAAAGCAAAUUUGUUAGAUGAAACAUUCACUAAAGAAGAAGUUACCAAUUUCAUAAAUAAUUUGGAAAACAUUGUAAAAAAUGAAAUUGAUUGUGAGUUGACAGCAUUUACCAAUACUAAUAUUUUAAUGAUGCAUCAGUUUUUUCAACAGGCAGAAAAGUGGCAUCUUAGGUUGAAUGUAGAUAUUUCAGAAAUGCAAAACAAAGAUUUGCUUCUUGAAGUAGAAAAAUACAAAUCUCAGUAUAAUGUGAUUAAUCAGUUAGCUACAAAAAAGAAACUUAUUCCAAUAAGGGAUCAAAUUUCAAAUGAUUUUGCUGAUAUGUUGCAUAAAAGAUUAGAACAAUUAGAGAGUGACAAUUGUAAACUACUUAAUGAUUUAAAGUAUUUAAAAGAUAGUUUUGAUGAAGUUGACAAAGAAAGAAAAGCAUUGAGAUUACUUGUAGAAGAGAAAAAUAAAAAUAUAAAUGCAAAUAAUUAUACACAGUUAAAAGAUAUUGAAGUACAAACUCAAGAAAUACUGAAUAUUGAAGAAAAUGAUCAUGAAAAAUGUAAAAUAGCUUUAAAUAAGCUUGAAAGUGAAUUAAAAAUAACUCAAUCACAAUUAAAAUUGGCUAAUUUAGAACUAGAAAGAAAAUUUAAUGACACAGUAGCAUACAUUAAUAUGAAAGACAUAAUUACAAAAAAAAAUGAGCAAGUUCGUGAAUUAAGAGAUAAAUUACAAGUAUAUGAAAAAGAAGAUAACAAUGAAAGUGUUUAAUUUUAGUCUGAGCAAGUAUAAUAAAACCAGACCUAAUGAAGGAUGUAGGAGCCCCUUGGACUAUCGCCUACUUAAAAAGAAGUAUUUUAAACAAUUUAAUAAACAAAGUAUUUAUUUUUACAUAUAAAAAAAUUAUGCAUUUAAUUAUUCUGUAAUAUAUUUUAAUUUAAUCUAAA